UUUGCAACAGUUUAGAUAAAUCGACAAUAAAUAAAAAUUAUAUCUAUGACUAUGAUUUUUUUAGUAAUGUAACUUUUUAAAAAUGAGAUCGUUAAUAGAUUUUAUUGAAUUUAAAAGUAUAUUGGGGAGUUUUUAAGCGUGAUAUCAAUCUACAGACAAAAUUAUGCAGUAAAAAUUAUGCUGUCAUUGGAUUCGCGCAUCACUAAAGUUCGGACGUCCCUCACAACUAUCUUAUCCACUAACCGUAUUGGACGCAACGUAUUCGUAUACAAGGAAAAGAAAAACACAUUACACGAAAUGGAUACGGAGCAAUUUCGCAAAUAUGGAAAAGAAAUGGUUGAUUAUAUAUGCGAGUAUUUAGAGACAAUAAAAGAUAGACGAGUGACGCCUACAGUCACCCCCGGUUGGUUAAAAAAAGAAAUUCCACUAGAAGCGCCUGUACAGCCAGAAUCAUUUGAUGCUAUAUUGAAAGACGUAGAGAGAAUUAUUAUGCCUGGGGUGACACAUUGGCAACAUCCAAGAUUUCAUGCAUAUUUUCCUUCUGGUAAUUCGUAUCCGUCAAUAUUAGCAGACAUGCUCUCAGAUUCUAUAUCAUGCAUUGGAUUUUCAUGGGCCGCAAGUCCGUCGUGCACUGAAUUGGAAACUAUAGUAUUGGAUUGGCUCGGAAAAGCUAUCGGUUUACCAGAGGAAUUUUUGACAUUUCCCGGUGAAACUACAAAUUCUGUUUACACAGACGGUUUGAAAAACAAUGGAGAGUGCAUAAACGAAAUACCUAAUGGUAAAGGUGGCGGUGUCCUUCAGAGUUCAGCUAGUGAAUGCAUUUUUGUAUGUAUGUUGGCCGCCCGGGCUCAAGCAAUCAAAAGGUUACGAAAACUACAUCCAUUUAUUGAAGAAGGAGUAUUACUAUCGAAAUUGAUGGCUUACUGUUCUAAAGAAGCACAUUCGUGUGUGGAAAAAGGCGCCAUGAUGGCAUUUGUUAAGCUUCGUAUUCUCGAACCCGACGAAAACAACAGCUUGAGGGGUUCAACUUUGAGUCAAGUUAUGGAACAAGAUGAAGCUAUGGGGUUAAUACCAUUUUUCGUUUCAACAACUUUAGGAACCACCUCUUGUUGUUCCUAUGAUAAUAUUGUAGAAAUCGGACAGGUAUGUCAACAGUUUGAUACAGUUUGGUUGCAUGUAGAUGCAGCGUAUGCAGGAAGUGCUUUCAUAUGUCCAGAAUUUCGAUACUUGAUGAACGGCAUACAAUACGCAGAUUCGUUUAAUCUUAAUACUAAUAAAUGGCUAUUAACUAAUUUCGAUUGUUCUUGUCUCUGGGUUAAAGAUCGUUAUAAACUAACGUGCGCCUUAGUGGUGGAUCCACUUUACUUGCAACAUGGUUAUGCUGGAGCUAUCGACUACAGACAUUGGGGAAUACCAUUGAGCAGGCGUUUUAGAUCUCUAAAGCUAUGGUUCGUAUUGAGAACUUAUGGAAUAACUGGACUUCAAAAAUACAUACGUCGUCACUGUCAAUUAGCAAAGCGAUUUGAAAGAUUGGUGAGAAGUGACAAUAAGUACGAAAUUUCUAAUGACGUAAAGAUGGGUUUAGUUUGUUUUCGGUUGAAAAACGAUCCAUCAAAUAAAUUAAACAAAAAGCUCUUAGAAACCAUUAAUGAAUCUGGAAAACUUCAUAUGGUGCCAGCUUUAGUGCACGAUAAGUACGUCAUCAGGUUUUGUGUGGUUUCAGAAUACGCUACAGAAGAAGAUAUUGAUUAUGCUUGGAAAAUUAUUAGAGAAACAGCUGAUUCCGUUUUAUUUGAUGAGCAAGAACAUGUUGAGAAACGAGAAGAACAAGUUGAUGAAGUAUUUGAGUUGACUGAACGUAAGAAAAAAGAUGAUUUGGCUUAUAAAAGAUCAUUUUUCGUUCGCAUGGUUAGUGACCCUAAAAUUUAUAAUCCUAAAAUUGCAAGAUCUUCACCUGGAUCACGACGACAUACUCAUUUAAGUUCAAUGGAUGAUGAAAUACAUGAUGGACUAUCAUUAACAGCUAAUGAUGGAGAUGAUUCUAUUACACAACCUGCGGGUUCAUGGAUAAGUUGGCCUUUAGCAUUCCUUUUCCAAGGUGUAUUUGAUGACAAAGAGGGAAAUGAUGUGCCAGUAAGGUUCCGACAUCUGGCGACAAAAAUGCAUUUUAAAUCAAAAAGCAAAUCACCAGAACGUUUAUUAAGUACAGAAAAUAAUAAUAAUUCAUCUAAUAAUUCUUCAAUUUUUCCAAAAAAAUUGAAUUUUGGAAAAUCAGAUUAUGAUAAAGAGGUUGAAAAAUAAUUUUUCAAAUAUAUUAUAGUUCAGUCGAAAAUUUUUAUUUGUUAUUUAUUAGUUUUUAGCUUAUUCAUACAAAAUGUAUAAUGUAUUUUUAAUUUAUAUAAAUAGAUAUCAAGAAAAAAU